AUUCACUCUCACUUUUCUUUUAAUACUGUCUGUCUGUGGAUCAUGUCCUCUGGUUGAAUAAAGCACCAUGUUGGGACUAAGGGACCAGACAACACUGGCGGUUCUCUGUCUGUCUCUGUUGGUUCACUUCUGGAGAGUAAAUGGACAGACAGAACACAGCAAAUCAGAGAUCAGCCACACAGACCGAGAGCAACAUGUGGAGGACAGGAAUGUAACAUCUGUAGAAGAUCUUCUGCAAGUGAAAAUAAUCCCCCCCUUUGCAAAGAUCGAAGUUGGACAACACAAACAUUUGCUCUGCAAAGUUUCCGGUGAUGCAAAGAAUAUCAGCUGGUUUUCUCCUAAUGGUGAGAAAAUUCUGACAAAACACGGCAAUCUCAAAGUCCACAAUCAUGGCAAUGCCUUGUCUUCUCUCAUUGCUCUGAAUGCCAAUUUGAACAAUGCUGGGAUAUACAAAUGUGUGGCAACAAAUGGAGACACAGAAUUACAAGCUACUGUCAAGCUGGACAUCCUUUUGAAGAGGAUGCGUAGAGACACUGACAGGAAAGGAAGAGAAAAACGACACAAAGAGCCCAAGCCUAGCGAGAAACCCAAAGCUUCCAAGCCCACCAAGAAACCCAAGGGUGAGAAAAAGGGCAAAGGUGAGAAGGGCGGGAAGAAGAAAGGCAAGAAGAACAGGGAAGAAUCCACCACUGUUGCCACGACCACUGUGGCCCCCACUACCACGGUGCCCAUGGAGUAUGAGGAGUUUUACGACCCUGAUCCUGACCAGUACUGGGAUGAAGAUUUUCCUGCAGAGACGACAACAGUGGCUAGAACUACAACCCCCCCGACAGAAAAAAUGACAGAUUUCAUUCCAGACAUGAAUGAGUAUUCCCAACCUGACUCAUAUGACGACUAUUGGAAGGUGGAUGAGCCCACACCAACAUCUUCUGUGAUCGCAGGUCGUCCAGCUGACAAUGAUGAUUACUGGGAUGCGAGAUCAGUGGAGAUGGUGGAAAACCUGCCUUUCCCUGAUGGCAAAGAGAUCAGCUCUACCGACAAUGACUGGCAAUACACCACUACAGAGGAACCCACUGUGCCUCCAUUUGAAAACAGUUGGUAUGAAGAAUAUGAAUAUGGACACGAAAAGAAAGUAGAAGAGGAGAGGGAAAGACAGAGAAAAGAACAAGAGGAAAAAGAAAGGGAAGAAAGGAAGCAUCUGGAAGAAGAGGAGAGAGAACGCAGGAUUUACAGACCUCCACCACGUCUCUACAGAGAGCCUAAAAUAUGUCCUCCCUUGGGUAUGGAGUCUCAUCGCAUAGACAAUGACCAGCUACUAACAUCCUCUGUUUUUCAACAUCGUUAUGGGUCACACAGAGCUCGUCUUAAUAUUCAGGCAUCUGGUGAUGACGAUGACAUGAAUGGUGGAGCAUGGUGUGGUAACCCUGAAGAGAAGGUCCAUUGGAUUGAAGUGGAUGCACGUACACUAACAGAGUUCACAGGGGUGAUCACCCAAGGACGAGAUGACCCCUUAGAGAGUGACUAUGUGUCUACCUACUAUGUGGCAUUUAGUAAUGAUAGCAGAGAGUGGACUUUCCUUCAUGAUGGAUAUGCUGAAUGGUUAUUCUUUGGUAACUCGGAUAAAAACACCCCGGUAUUGUCUCAGUUUAUGGAGCCGGUAGUGGCACGUUACAUCCGUAUCUUGCCACAGAGCUGGAAUGGUACCAUGUGUAUGAGGAUGGAGAUUUUGGGCUGCCCAGUACAAGAUCCACUUAGCCAACACCAGAGUCAGAAUGAAGUGACACAUCGAGAUAACCUGGACUACACCCAUCACAACUACCUAGACAUGGAGAAGCUAAUGAAAUCCAUUUCUGAUGAGUGCCCCAACAUCACCAGAUUCUACAGUUUGGGCAAGAGCUUUAAAGGUCGUGAAAUUUAUGCCAUGGAGAUUACUGAUAACCCUGGGGUCCACGAAACAGGAGAGCCAGAAUUCAGGUACACAGCAGGCUAUCAUGGGAAUGAGGCUUUGGGACGAGAGCUGCUUCUAAUGCUCAUGCAGUAUUUGUGUAAAGAGUACAAAGAUGGCAACCCUCGAGUUCGCCACCUAGUGGAUGAAACACGAAUUCAUCUGGUACCUUCAGUCAAUCCUGAUGGCCAUGUGAGAGCUUUUGAGAAGGGUUCAGAGUUGGGCAGCUGGACAUUAGGACACUGGACUGAAGAUGGCCAUGAUAUCUUCCAGAACUUUCCAGACCUAAAUAACAUUUAUUGGGAUGCAGAGGAUAAAGGCAUGAUGCCCAAAUUGACACCAAAUCACCAUAUACCCAUUCCUGAGGGUAUUCUGUCAAGCAAUGGCUCAGUUGCAAUGGAGACUCUUGCUCUUAUCUCAUGGAUGGAGACCCAUCCAUUUGUGCUUGGUGCCAACCUGCAGGGUGGUGAGAAACUGGUGACAUACCCAUUUGACAUGCGCCGUCUAACCAAAGAGUCUGAGGCUAUAGAGAAAAAACUUGGCUCCAGAGGAAACAGACGUAAGCGACAGUAUGAGGAAGAGGAAGAAGAACCCAACCCUUACCUUCACAUAGGAUACCAUCAGGAGAGCUACAGUGGACCCCAGGAAAACCACGCAUAUGAUCAUGAGAGCUAUGGGUAUCAUCAAGAAAGUUAUGGGUAUCACCAUCAGAACCAGGGGUACCAUGAGGAAACACAAGGGUAUCACGAUGAGACCCAAGGAUAUCAUAAUGAAAACCAAGGGUAUCAUAAUGAGAACCAAAGGUACCACCAUGAGGGUUACUCUGAAGGAUACAAUGAGGGAUAUCAAGAGGGAUAUCGGGGGGGUUAUGAAGAGGGUGAGCAGGAGGAAGAAAUCAGAAUGGUUGAGGACCAAUCUUUGUUUCGCUGGCUGGCCAUAUCGUAUGCCUCUACUCACCGCACCAUGACACAAACAUAUCAAAGAGGAUGCCAUAGUGAUGACCCAACAGGUGGGAUGGGAAUUGUCAACCGUGCAAAGUGGAAGCCCAUUCCAGGAAGUAUGGAUGACUUCAGUUACCUUCACACUAACUGUUUUGAACUGUCAGUUUUCCUUGGCUGUGAUAAAUUUCCUCACCAGAGUGAACUUUUAAGAGAGUGGGAGCACAACCGAGAAGCCCUGCUGACAUUUAUGGCUCAGGUUCAUCGGGGUAUUAAGGGAGUUGUGAGAGAUAAUGAGGGCAACCCUAUUACCAAUGCCACUGUGUCUGUGGAGGGAGUCAACCAUGAUGUUAAGACUGGUGAAGCUGGAGAUUACUGGCGACUUCUAAACCCUGGUGAGUACCGGGUAACAGCCCGUGCAGAAGGCUACUCUCCAUUCACCCGUCUGUGUGUGGUAGGGUUUGACCCUGGUGCUACUCUCUGCAACUUUGACCUGAACAAGUCAAACUGGGACCGCAUCAAACAGAUCAUGGCUCUUAAUGGCAAUAAACCAAUCCGGUUGCUGAGCAGUGGCAAAAGGAACGGUGUGCGACAUUCACACAGCAGUAACCAAAUUACUGUCAGUAAUAGUGGAGAUACGAGCAGGGCUCGUCUUCGUCGAUUACGACUAAUGAGAAUUCGUCGUUUACGUCAACAAAGGCUUCUGGCCCAAAAAAUGACACCAACUACAACGACUGUGACUACCACUUCACUUCAAACUACCGCAGAGACUACAACCGUCUGGUAUGACUCCUUGCCAGAAAUCUUUGAAGAGAAUACAACCCCACAUGACGAAAUUGAGUUGACAGAUACACUGGACUACAACUACAAUUACAAUAUAAAUGAUUACUAAGAGCAAACUCCAAGUUAAUGUUUCGCUCUAAAGAUUGUGUUUUGUCUGAAGUUUGACGAUUUUUUUUCUCACUUAAACAGUAUAAGGCAAGUGUAUGAGAUUUUUUUUUUUCAGGUUUAGUGAUUUGUGCAAGUUUCUUUUCACUUAAUAAAAUCUUAUAUUCAUA